AUGGCGGAGGCCUGCGCGCAGCAGGCACUUGCGCGCACCUUCCUGGCGCGGUGCGUGCAGCGCCUGGAGGACGACCAGAACGCCGCGGGCACACAGCAGGCCGCCGCACUGCUGGCCACGGACCUCUGGCUCUCCGCGUCGCCCGGCGGCGACGAGCUCUGGGCCCGGGAGGCGCUGGCAGACCUGCUGGGGGCGCUGCGGGCGGCUGCCCAGAGGCAGCAAGGCCUGACGGCGCAGCUCGUCGCCUUCUCGUGCCUGUCGCGCCUCCUGAGCGAGCUCUGCGAGCGCCGCGACCCCGAGAACACGCCGGCGGCCUACCGCACCUUCGUCUACGCGCUGGUGGAGUCGGAGUCCGCGGCCGCGCGGGAGUUCGCGCUGCGCAACCUGCAGGCCCUGCUCCGGCGCCACGAGGGCGUGCCGGUUGGAAUCAUCGUGGAGCUCAUGGUGAAGAAGUUCCAGGUGAACCCACCAGAGCCGCUGGCGAUCAUCGACAUUGAGCUCUUCACUGUCAUUGCCAAGCACCCGCGCUGCGCUUCCAGGCACGCCGAGAUGCUCGCGCAGGUGCUGGCGCGCUGCAGCGUGGAGAGCGCCGACACGGGCCGCGCCGCGGCCGUGCCGCUGCUGGCCGUCCUGCACCGCUUCGGCGAGGACGAGACGAUCGUGGCCUUCUUCGAGAGGUUCACCCAGGUCGCGCUCGCGCGGCUGCUCCAGCGGCACACGCCGCAGCGGCACACCACGCAGAUUCUCGAGGUGUUCGCGAAGGUGGCCUGCCUCGCCGGGGCGCGGCGGCUCCAGGACGCCCUGCGCACGCUGCUCUGGGAGGUCUGCAAGGCCUACCUCUCGAGCUACCAGUCCCUCCACCCCAACCUGGACGCGCUCCUUGCGCUGUGGCCCGCCGACAAGGAGGCGCUCAAUGCUUGGGCGGAGGACCAGUUUCGGCAGCUCCCUUCCCGGGCCGGCUCCGACGCCGGCAGCAGCGCCGCGGACAGGCCCAACAGCAAGGAGGAGAGCCUGUACCUGCAGUCGCUCACCCCGUCCCUCACUGGCAGCCCGCCCCAGACAGCUGGCCGGGACCGGUCGAGCCGCGCCUACGCGCGCCAGCGGAGCGUGCAGGAGGAGCCCGGUCCGGCAGAGGCGCGGGCGGAGGACGCGGAAGACUCGCUCGAGCUCGUGUUCCCGAACCUGCCGUUCGGGGAGGUCGACCCUGCGGCGUUCGAGCGGGAGCUCCACACGGGGCUCGCAGCGCUCGGCGCCAGUGCGGAGGCCCUGGCGCAGGUGGCGCUCUCCCUGCGGGAUGGCAGCACCAUCGCCCAGCUCCGCGGGCCUGCGCCAGUCAUCGCGGAGCUGAAGGCCCUGCCGCUCGGCUCGCUGGUGAUCCUCGGCCACAGCCCGCAGGCCCUCAAGGAGGAGGGGAACGGCCUCGUGCGCGAGGGGAAGAAGGCGGAGGCCCUCGAGAGGUACGAGGAGGGCCUGCGGCUCAUGGGCCUGCCUCACGGCGAGGCCGGGCGGGGAGCUGAGGCGGUGCUGAAGGACCAGCCCCUGGAGAGUCGGGAGCUGCUGUCCAUCCUCGCCUCCAACGCUGCGCAGGCGAAAACCCGAACAGCGUGA